ACUUCCCAGCAAUCGGCACGCAUUUCUUGCAUGGUGAAGUCUUGUCACGUUGUGCCACACAAGCUAUAAAAGCCAUACAGCGUGCAAGAGCUGACUCGGCUACAUCUCUUGACCAACAUCCAUAUCCUUGUUCUGUGGAGCACAUCUAGCUCAUUCAAAGCCCCCGUCUCCACCACUUCAAUCGUGCUAUGGGCGCACAAACGAGUUCCCGAAGACAUCUUAGCAUUGCUGGUGAUGAGCCAAGUUCAGGCAAGGAGCAGCGAGAUUCCAGUCCAUCGCGGUCGUCAAUACGAAAAAAGGGGCACAAUGCUGUACACUCGUUAGUGGCGAAAGUCGGCAGGCACAAGUCGUCCUCGUCGUCCUCGUCGUCGGGGGGAGCACCGCACGCACCGCCCUCGACCCCAGCGACCACGAUGGCGACGAGCAGAGAUGCGUCCGGCGAUGCAAAAGAUGCGGAGAAGGCAGCGCCUGCGCAGGCUAAGGGUUCGGAGACGGCCGAGAUGCCGAGCGCAAUACCUAUCGUCUGUUCGUACUUAAAUACGAACAGCUUGCUCAUUCCUUUCCCGCAGCUGCAAGAAGCACCGCUCGCCGUACACGCUCAGAUGCCUUCUGCUGCAACGGUACCCUGCCAGUACAGGACCGGCAAAACAUUGGGUAGUGGCACGUAUGCCAUAGUGAAAGAAGCAGUUCAUAUCAAGACCGGCAAGUACUAUGCUUGCAAGGUCAUUAACAAGAAGCUCAUGGAGGGUCGGGAGUAUAUGGUCCGCAACGAGAUCGCGGUGUUAAAGCGUGUAUCGCAGGGUCAUCCUAACAUCGUCACCUUGCAUGACUACUUCGAGACCGCCCAUAAUCUUUACCUUGUCUUCGACUUGUGCACAGGAGGAGAGCUCUUCGACCGUAUAUGCGCUAAAGGCAAUUACUAUGAGGCUGACGCUGCGGACCUCGUCCGAACCGUCUUCAGGGCCCUAAAAUGGAUCCACGAAUGUGGCAUCGUUCACCGAGAUCUCAAGCCGGAAAACUUGAUCUUCCGGACCAAGGCAGAAAAUGCCGACAUCAUGAUCGCCGAUUUUGGUUUGAGUCGGGUUAUCGAAGAAGAGAAAUUCCAGGUGUUAACCGAGAUUUGUGGUACGCCUGGGUACAUGGCGCCUGAAAUCUUCAAGAAAACUGGACAUGGCAAACCUGUUGACGUUUGGGCGAUGGGUGUCAUCACUUACUUCCUCCUCUGCGGUUAUACUCCAUUCGACCGCGAUACCCAACAGGAAGAAAUGGAAGCCAUUAUUGCUGGUGACUACAAGUACGCGCCCGCGGAAUACUGGGAGAAUGUGUCACCGACUGCUCGAGCUUUCGUCUCGUACUGUCUCACCAUUGACCCGAAUGAACGACCAACGGCCGAAGAAGCUUUGAAGCACAAGUGGCUCGCUGACGAGUCGCCUCACUUCGUCCAAGAUCAGGCGGGUGGCAUGACCAACCUGUUGCCCUAUAUCCAGAAGCAAUUCGACGCCAAGAAGGCCUGGCGCAAGGCCGUAUUCUCGAUCACUGCUGUGAAUCGGAUGACGAUCGGCAGUGGCAAGGCACAUCUGUCACCUGCUGCCCAACUACUCGCGCCACACCUACAAGAAUACAAAGAUGAAUCCGAGAAGGAAAUCAUCGACGAAGACCGUACGGUGCUUCACUACGGCAACAGUGAAGAAGGCUCAACGUCGCCUACUUCGGCCGGGUUCCCGGCUACUGCGGACAAGUCGGAUGAUCACGCGGAAAAGGUUGCCCAAGCAAUGUCCAAGAUGUCGAUAGACCAGAAAACCUAAGGGUCUCGUCUCACCUUGACUCCGCUUGUGUGCUUUUUACCAAGAGGCGAUUGAAGACAAUGGAGCUAAUGACGGAUUAAUGCUGGAGUAUGACUCGGAAAGGAAUAGGGAUAGAAGAAAUGUUACCAACUCUACGUGUAUAUGCUUUUUGUCAUGUUCGUUUUGCUUACUAGUGUGUGCUAUUUGGGACGACAGGAAUGGUAUCUUAUGCUCUUGACUCGUGCUAUUAUUUCCUUUCUCUCUCUCCUUUCUCUGUCUCUCUACAUACCCGUUACGUUCCUCUACAAUGUACGAUAUAUUCUUUUGCAGAUGGUCUAGUCUUUACCUUUAAAUG